AGAGGUCUUGUAGCUCGAUCCAAGAUACUUUGUUACUUCACUUCGGCUGUUGUUUUUCGUGACUAGAUCUCGAGAAAAAACUGCGAAUUCGAUAACUUUAAGGUUUUAGAGUCGCGUGAAAAACCAGCAUUUUUUUUUAAAAACGUUUCAAUCCGGUUCUUCGGCUACUAUUUCAGUGGUUGCAAUUGUUCCAUUAAGUGGAAAGUGAAAACGCAGAAUUUUCAUUCCGCGAGAUUAUAUGACGGGCGACCAGUAAUGGUUUUAUACAACAAGCUGUGGUGUCUUUAAUAUUGUUGAUGGCCAUGAGAAUUGCUUGUACCUCCGUGAAUAAUAAUCACGCCAUAAAGACUUGUUCUCCAAGUUGCGAACCUUGUGGUGUUCCAUAUUUGCGUUAGCUUCAAUCGAUUCGUCGCGGAUUCUCCUAUUCAAUAGUAUCUUGAAAUGCAUAGUAUAGAUGAAGAUUGAAGUCCUUCGGAUGAAAUAUGUCUAGAAUGUCCUAGGUCCUUUGAAGAAAUACGGUUGGUCGUAUCUGUCGUUAAUUGGAUAAAUGAAUUUUAAUAUUCUGAGCCAGUUUGAAGGCAUUUCAAAACCAAGUGAAAAUUCCCCACGUUCAAAUUUUCGUUCAACAGUAAGCAAUGGUCUCGUAAGUGUGAUAGAAAAACGUGAGUGAAAUAUUCAAUGAUAUUAUAUUGGUGUGCCGUUAACAAGUCGAGAGUGCAGUUGUAUUAGCGCAGUUGAUAGGAAAAAGAAAUACAGAGCACGAUUUUCCAGUGGAUUUCGUAACGAUUAUGAAUGUUGGUUACUUUUUAUGACCGCAGGAAAUAUGUUGACUAGGCGUAAGAAAAUGGAAAUAUCACUGAAAGGUUAUGUUGUCAUUUUAAUGACUGUUUGGAUUACAAUUAUUGGAAUUGCUGAAUCACAACAAGAUACAAAUAACUUCUACUUUCCUGAACCGGCUCAAAGUCGCUUUGUGCCAUCGUUUAGUUCUAGAAAUGGAUUUGUUCCAAGCACAGCCUUCUCGCCUCUGGGGGGCCGUAAUAAUUUAGCCAGCUCAGCACCGGCUUCGUAUCAUGAGCAGACGUUGUUCAUUGAUCCUUUGGAAGCAGAUCCGAAUCCACAGUUUUCAAUUCUGAACACGCGAAGUCCAGCGGAUUACUCGGAACUUUCACCACGACCGUUUUCACCCCUGGGCGCCCGAUCGCAAGUAUCACCCUUGCGGCCUAGUGUAUCUACUGGAAGUGUAGGCGCAACAGGUCAUCAGUUUGUUCCCCAAAGCAAAGCUAAUGGGGGUCGUGUCAGCAAUGUCCCCUAUCAACAGAGUCAGUUUUUGGCACACUUCAAUGAACAGGAUCGCAAUCACGCCCAAUCACCUCGCGUUCCACGGCCUAUUCCAGCUACAUCUUUUGCACUAAAUCGGCCAGCCCCGGGUUCAUCACGGCAGAGUUCCAACAAUGAACUAUAUCCAAGUCACCAGCAGUUACCCUUCCGGAAUGGUCGAAAUCGAUUCCAGCCAAAUACAGAAAAUAAUUUGCCAGCAUCUUCAAGUGAAAAGACACUACCCUACAACAGAUUUGGCUCACGUCCUCAGACUCAACCGCCACGUACGCCGGUUAAUCCUAUAGUUCAAGCUAAACCCAAUAAAGCACUUUAUCAGCCACGGAAGCCAUCCCCAGGAGGAAGAGAUGCGAACUCUCCCAUUCGGGUGCAUAAUACUCCAUUUCCAGGGAAAUUAAUAAGUGGGGAUGAUUUUAGUGGUAAUAAGGCCCAAGAAAUUUUCGAGGAUGAUGUUGACAAUACCAAUCAGUUGAAAUCACAAUUAAGCCCGCCAUCAUCUGCUAGUGCUCCCGUAGCUCAGAAUCCUCCAGAGCAGAACAAAUCGAAAGCCGAUGGUGAAAAAGAAGACAACAUGACGAUUUUGACCUCCAACUUUUUCCUACCCGGAAACGCAAAUCAAGCUGUGGACAAACCCAGUAGCACUACAGAGAAUCCUGAAUAUGAUUAUGAUGAGUAUGACGAGUAUGAUGACGAUUACGAGGAAGAUUCUACAACAGAUCCACCAGGAGUUCGAAUUGAAACCCCGGAGUCCACUAGCGUAGCGAAUAUCCAAUCGUCAACCACAGAGUCAAAAAUUGUAGACGCUACAACGCCAUUUGGACCAACUUCGGAAGAUACGACGAUAGUCCAUGAUGCAAUUUCAGAACAGAGCACAGAUAAAAACAAAGAAGUUCCUGAAAGUGAGCAGUCAAAAGAUAGCUCCGAGAAACCAACUUUAGAAGUGAUGACAGAUUAUCAAACUGAGCAAAUGCCCCAGCAAACCGGAUCAACAGAAGAAUUGUCCCGCAUACAAGAAUUGGAGAAACUAACAAUCGAAGAUGUAACUCAAACCGAGAAGGACGAAUCUCGAACCGAGUUUGAAUAUGAUUAUAACACAGAGAAUGCCCAAGUUCCUGUGGAAGAUGAUCCAACGGAAGAAGCAGAUAUUCUUGGAAAAGCAAUAGUCUCUGUGGUCACCACCAAAAGUGUUAUUAAUGGCUCAACAGCUUUCCCCGCUCCAGUUACUCAUAGUACCUUGUCUCGGGAAACACUUAGCUCUUCCGUAAAUAUUAACUCUGAACUGCCGUCAUCAACUGAACACAUACAAGUUGGAACACCGGACUCUGUUAUUGAGAAAAACCAGCCGGAACUUCCAGUGGAGUCCUCUUCUCCGGAAACAGAAGAAGUUAAUAAUGCCACUGAGAGUUGGGUUGUGGUUGCUUCUAUACAGACAAGUCGAAGUAUUUCCGGAGCAAGAUUUUUACCUUUCCCAGCCAUCGAGCAAGAGGAGAAAAAGCAACCAUUGUCCGAGCUGGAACGCAAAGUGCAUGAACAGAAAAAUGCUCGGCCAGUCAAGAAACCCGAGGAAAUGCAGGAUCAACCGAAGGAGCCCGUAGAAACGACAACGGUUCAAACAGUUUCAACUGAGGAGACAAGUGAAAGAAGCUCUAUAGGUUCUGUGUCUACUGAAAGUAUUAUCGAUAAGCUAGACCGGGUGCAGUCUGAACUCUCAAGUGGACUGCUUACUGGAAAAUUCCCGAUCCUGAAUGACAUGUCUGAUUUAAUGAGACCUAGCACACAAAGUACCACAACAACAGGUCAUCCACCGGUGGUAAUUAAGAAGUUCUCUCCGAAAACAUCAACGACCAAGCGACCGGAUGGUAAUAAAUCAACGCCAGUUGACGAUCUUCCUAUGGAUGACCUAACAGGAUUCUUACCACCUGGAUUCAAAGCACGGCCUCCUAGUAGUUAUCGAAAUAAGAAAACUACUACCACGACUACGACACGACUUCCUGUGGUCAAACCACAAAGAAACGCAACUACGAGCAGAUCAUUCAAAAACAGCCCCGUAGCAGCUCAAGAAAUCAUAUUGGCCGGGGUAUUACCAAAAGGAUAUAAAUCUAAUGACAGUGUAACAACUGAAUCAACUAAAAAUCCAUCUAAUGCCCUGGAAGAUCUAUUUAGCAAAAUAAAGUUUGAGGAUAAUAUUUCUGCAUUGCUGCCGAAGGGUUAUAAGCCACCAGAAGGUAGCACAACUACUAAAAGACCUACUAGUACAACUAAAAAGCAAAUGUUGACUACCUUAGAUGAUAUAAGCAAAUUCCUGCCUCCUGGGUAUAAAAUGCGUACUACUACCACUAAAAAACCUCCUUCAUCGUCCAUUCAGGUUAAGGAUGACGUAAGUCACUUACUUCCACCUGGAUACAAGGCUCCUAAAGAGAAAACCGAGGUUCCUGCCAUUAAAAUUAAGGACGAUAUAAGCCACCUACUCCCGCCAGGAUUCAAGCCUUCGGAAGAAAAGCCUGAAAAACCAAGUAUUCCAGUUAAGGACGAUAUCAGUCACCUCCUUCCACCUGGAUACAAACCAUCGGGCGAGAAUACCAAGUCACCAGCGAUUGUAGUUAAUGAUGAUAUAAGCAAGUUUCUCCCACCGGGUUUCAAGCUGGAUGCAAAUAAGAAAGAUGAUACUGCAAAUGUUGAUAUUCUUAAACUUCUUCCAAAGGAUUAUAAGCCGAAACCUGGCGAGGAAGCGCCAAAACCAACUCCAAGUACUAAACCAGCUAACGAGGCUCCUACAUCUACUAGCAAGCCUGAAGGUGGAUUUAAAGUUGUGUUCCCGAAGAGUUUAAAUAAACGACCAGGAGUGCGUCUUACGACUCCAAAGACACAUAAUGCUGAAGGGCCACCACCUCCACCGAUCAACAUUAAAAAAGGACCACCCACUCGAGCAACGACUGAAUUCACCGGCUGGCCAACACCAUCUACUACCCCAAUUUCUAUUGAAAAACUCUUGGAACAACAAAAAGGAAUUUCCAUCAAUUUCGAGGAUUUACUUCCGUCAUCGACUACGACAACAACUACAACGACCACGACUACAACGACAACAACCGAAGCGCCAAAACCUACACAGCCUGGAUUGUGCCAGGAUGAAUGUGAUCUUGCAGGAACAAUUAAAAUUGUCGAUGGUGUACAAUGGAAGCCAGAGCUUCUCGAUCACAACACUAUCGAAUGGAAGACUUUGGCAAGGGAGCUCGAAGCACAGCUUAACGAGGUGUACCUUCACGCACCAUACCUAAGCCGUUGGUACAAAAAGGUGCGAAUCGAUAGCUUCAGUAAAGGAAGCGUUUUAGUCGAUUAUUUUGUCGAAUUGGCCAACAUAACUCGAGAGGUUAACACACAAGAAAUCAAGCAGCUAUUCCACGAUGCCUUAACAGUGGGACCGCUCCCUGUUGCGCCACUUCCUAGUAGACCCAAUAAGGACAAUAGUGGCGAGGAUGGAGACUCCACUACUAGAGCAUCGGAGCGUCAAGGUCGUGAUGAAAAACUAGUCAAAGAAACGUUCAUAUUGGGACGUUUCGCUGUCGACCCGGAAUCGACAGAUUUUAUCGUUAUUCCGAAAUCUUAUGGACCCAACAUGGAAUCCGCAGAUGACGAUCUACUCCUGCCACAGUGGGCGAUCGUCCUUAUUGUAAUAGGCGUCGGGUCUCUUUUGUUCAUCAUUGUAUUUGGUAUCUUAGUGUUGAUAAAUCGACAGAAUCGAGCUAAGAAAACUCCAACGCCUUUGACCAACGACAUGUUGAAUGAUUUGAACAAGAACCACAUGGGUGGCUUGGAAAACUAUGCGGCCGAUGAAUUCUACAAUGUGGAUGACACGUGGGGAGAUAACAAACAACCGAUCAAACCAAAGCGUUUCACGAAUUCCAUGCAUGGCAGCAGUGCAUCCAAUAUCUAUGAUAGUUGGCGAUCAGAACGCUAUGGUGACUUCUACUACGACAACCACAGUUAUACUCCGCACAAGGGUGAGAACUACCCUCAAGACGAUUUCGAGGAUUCCCAUCAAAUGUAUACGUAUAACAACAGACCUAGGUAUCCUCGAGACUAUGAUCCUGACUUUUAAUAGUAGCCACAAACUUAGAAAUUACGUAAACUAGGAUUCACAAUCAAUACUCGUAGAAGUGAUAUCACAUACUCGUCCUUUAAUGCUCAACUACUCCCGAAUUUAGAGGAUCCUUAACUGAUAGUCUUUGAGAUUUUAUAGAAUACAAUUUUGCGUCAACGAUCAAAGAGAGACUUCCUUUGGAGUUAACUUCAGUUUCUAAUGUAGAGUUGUAAAUAGAGUAAUAACAGGUUCUGCUAUUUUUAUGAUUGUAUGCGAAAUCGGAAUAGUUUUUUAUCAAAAUAUCCUUUUUCCCGUGUAAACUGCCCUAAUAUUGUUGUCUAAGCGGAAAAAUUAUGUAGUCGUAUUCACUUUCUAUGAAAAAGUGAAGAAAAUCUAGUAAUUUAUAUUUGUAAAAAAUAAUAUUUAAGCGUAAAAAUAAAUGAUAUUUUUAAUUUAUAACAACUUUUAAAA